AUGAGCUCCAGCGAGGGUUUAGGGGGCCCCUUAGGGCCCAUUUUGAUUCUUCUAAAAGAUGAUUCGCCGCGCAAGAAGUUCGCGGGUUUGCUGCGGCUAGCGCAGCAGCUCAGCAGCAGCAGCAGCAGCAGCAGCAGCAGCAGCAGCAGCAGCAGCAGCAGCAGCGGGUUGGAUGAAGCAGCAGCACUCGAAGUAGUGCGUGCUGCUCGGCCUUCUUUCCUGAGGGAUUUGCUGCUUGCUGCUGCUCCCUUUCGCUCAGUUUGUUUGCUGCUGCUGCCGCUGCUGCUGCAGCACAAGGCCGUGCUGCUGCGCCUCCGCUGCUGCCUCCUCCCGCUGCUGUGGCUGCUGCUGACGCAGCAGCAGCAGGUUGCUGACGCCCUCAGGCCGCUGCAGCAGGAGCCGCAGCAGCAGCAGCAGCAGCCGCAGCAGCAGCAGCAGCAGCAGCAGCAGGGAAAUACGGGGGAUUCUGGGCCUUCAGGCACAGCGCAAGCAGCAGCAGCAGCAGCACCCGCAGAUGCAGCAGCAGCAGCAGCAGCAGCAGCAGCAGAUGAGGGUGAGGGUGCAGCAGCAGAUUACAGUCUUUCUGUUGGAGACGCAGCAGCUAUAACAGGUUUGCUGCGCUCAUUUGUAGUUGCUUUGGGUUAUAAAAGAGUUUCUGCUGCUGCUGCUGCUGCUGCUGCUGCUGAAACUGCAGCAGACGGCUCGCUGCUGCUGCCCGAGGCAGCAGCAGCAGCGCAGCGGCAGCAGUUCGAAGCUGCGCUUGCAGAAGCAGAAAAGUACAUGCAGGAGUGGGCUGCUGCUGCUGCUGCUGAGGAAGCAGCAGCAGCAGCAGCAGGCGCGUCGACUGCAGCAGCAGCAGCACCCGGCUCAGACGCAGCAGCAGCAGCAGCAGCAGCAGCAGCAGCAGCAGCAGCAGAGGAUGCUGACGAGUUAGACCUAGAGGGUACAGAGCUACACAAAGAAUGGCUUAAAAGCCUGGGGGGCCCCCAAGGGGGCCCCCAGGGGGGCCCCCAAGGGGGCCCCCAGGGGGGCCCCCAGGGGGGCCCCCAGGGGGGCCCCCCGGGGGGCCCCCCGGGGGGCCCCCAAGAGGAAGAGCUGAGCGACUCUGAGUCAGAGAGCAGCGACAGUGGCAGCGAAACUGGCAGCAGCAGCAGCAGCAGCAGCAGCAGCAGCAGCAGCAGCAGCAGCAGCAGCAGCAGGGUGUUUUGGAUAGGGGGUGUUGGGGUGCGGGGGGGAGAUGGCUUGGCUGUGGCCUGCAGCGUGCUGCUGCAGCAGCAGCAAACGGAGCCGCUGCUGCUGCUGUCUUUGCUGCUGCAGCAUCUGCAGGCGCCUACUUUGCUGCUGCUGCUGCCGCCGCUUUGCUGCCGCCUUUCUGCUGCUGGCAGCUGCGACCUCGCAGCAGUUGAGCCGCUGUCUUUGUGGCUUGCUGCUGCUGCUGCUGCUGCCGAACCCCAGCAGCAGCAGCAGCAGCAGCAGCAGCAGCAGCAGCGCAGGCUGCAGAAGCAGCAGCAGCAAGCAGCAAUUGCUUCACAAGCCCUCAGAACCUUCAAAGAAAAACACCUCAAGGACGUGUCUGCGAGUCUGAAGAAAGCCCUCAGCAGCAAAGUGCCGCUGCAGCAGCGGGCGGAGCUGCUGCACUGCUGCAGCUUGCUGCUGAUCCUGUUUGACUUUUGCUGCUUCUUAAUUCCAGAGUGCCUCGGGCUGAUUUGCGUUUGCUGCCGCCUUUCUGCUGUGGAGGUUCGGCUGUACUUCGACCGCUGCAGCGACGCAGCAGCAGCAGCAGCAAAGAGCAGCAGCAGCAGCAGCAGCAGCAGCAGCAGCAGCAGCACGGUGCUGAUGAAGCGCACGUGGGACCCGCGGGCAAUUGUCCCUAAGGAAAUAACUGCCCAGGAAAAGACAGCAGCAGCAGCAGCAGCAGCAGCAGCAGCAAAUGCUGCUUUUAUGUUUUCAAUUUGCUGCAUCCGAAUUCUAGGAAGACAUGCAGAAGCUCUCGAGCACGGGCCCAUCAGCGCCCAAACAAUUCACGACAUUUUUGAUUCAUUUCAAGAGGCGGCCCUCGCGGCCUUGGAUUUGGCUGAAGACGCGAAAGACAAGAGGCUGACUUACAAGCCGCCGAUAGUGCUGGAAGGGCUGGCAGCAGCAGCAACACUUUUGGGCGCGUGGAUUGCGCUGGAGCCUUCUGAGCACGGCUCCAAGAUGCUGCGGCUGCUGCCGAGCAUUUGCUCCGCGCUGAAGCCCCAAGAUGCAGCACCUUUGCUGCCAGCCCUCCUCGCCUUCUCCCCCGACGACUGGGCAGACCGCGAUGGAGCGCUGGAUUUGCUGCUAUCUCUUUUCCUCAACACUCCAGGGGCCAUUGAAGGCGCUUCCGCCGGCGAUUUGGGGUGCCUCUGCAGCUCGCUGCUUGCUGCUGCUUUUCUGUCGCCCCUUGUUGAAGACCCUUACAAGCGCGUGCUGCUGCUGCAGCAGCACCAGCAGCAGCUGGAGCUGCUGCAGCAGCAGCUCGCUGCUGCUGCUGGCCCAACGCCAACAACGAGCAGCAGCAGCAGCAGCAGCAGCAGCAGCAGCAGCAGCAUGCCAGCAACCCGUCAGCUGCCGCCUUGUCCCUUCCCUUUGCCUGCUGAUGUGGGGCCGCUAGCAGCAACACCAGCAGCAGAGUUGUGUGUGAGAGUUGGAGUGUCUGUACACCAGGCUUUGUCGCUGCUGCUGAGCAGCAGCAGCAGCAGCAGCAGCGCAGCAGCAGCAGCAGCAGCAGCAGUCGCUGGCGCUUCGGGGUUCUCGCCCCAGACCCUGGCACAGGUGGCAGCGCUGCAGCAGCAGCUGCUGCAGGAGCCAAAGCCCUUCCUCUCUGUUUUCAGCAGCAGCAGCAGCAGCAGCAGCAGCAGCAGCAGCAGCAGCAGCAGCAGCAAGACAGAACUGCGGCGCUGCUUCUUGUGGGCAGCAGACGCCAGCAGCUGCUGCGCUGCUCUCGUGGGCCUUCGCUGCAACGCAGCAGAGCUGCAGCAGAUCGUGCCGCUGCAGCAGCAAGAACCGAUUUGGCACUCUCUAGCGCGCCAAAUUGUUCUGCUGCGGCCCGACUCUCCUGAUGACUUCUUGGGGGGCCCCCCGGGGGCCCCCCGGGGGCCCCCCGGGGCCUUUGGGGGCCCCCAGGGGGGCCCCCAGGGGGGCCCCCUGGGGGGCCCCCUGGGGGCCCCCCUGGGGGCCCCCCUGGGGGCCCCCCCUGGGGCUGAUGAAAGUGUGGGGUUGUGGCUGCGGGCUGUACGGACAGUUUUGCUGCUGUCGCAGAGACACCCCAGUGUUGCUGCUGCACUGGGGCGGGCUGUCAGGGAGUGGAAGAGGGGUGAUCUGCAUGCCGAAGCAACAGAAGCUGCUGCUGCUGCUGCUGCUGCUGCUGCUGCUGCUGCUGCUAGGAUGGCCCCCGAGUACUGCCUAGUGGCGCCUCCUGUAGUGACGCUCAGCAGCAGGCUGCUGCGGCUGCAGCAGCAGCUGCCGCAGCAGCAGCAGCAGCUGCUGCUGCAGCAUUUGCUGCAGGGCCACGACAGCAGACUUGUCGAGCUCUGCGACGGGCCGACCCCAGCAGCCACAACCCCAACCGGGAGAGAUCUCCAAGAGCAGCAGCAGCAGCAGCAGCAGCAGCAGCAGCAACAGCAGCAGCAGCAGCAGCAGAGUCAAUUCAGCAGCAGCAGCGGUUCCCAGCUGCUGCAUCUUGUGGAGGAGGCGAGGGCGCUGCUGCAACGUGUUUCCCUUGAUACAGCGAACAGCAGCAGCAGCAGCAGCAGCAGCAGCAGCAGCAGCAACAGCAGCAGCAGCAGCAGUAGCAGCAUUCCUGAGAGUACACUCCACUUUGCAGCAGCAACAGCUGAAGCAGCAGCUGCUGCAGCAGCUGCUGCAGCAGCAGCUGCUGCUGCUACGGAUGGAGAGAGACGUGCGCACCGCACAAGUGCAAAAUCAGGUGAGCAACAGCAGCAGCAGCAGCAGCAGCAGCAGCAGCAGCUUUUGCUGCUGCUGCUGCAGCAGGAUGCUGCAGCAGCAGCUAUACGCGAUCUCAUGGAAGGCCUGGAAAAGCAGCAGAGACAGCAGCAGAAGCAGCAGCAAGAGCUGCAGCAGCAGCAGCAGCAGCAAGAGCAGCUGCAGCAACGCCUAGCUGAGCAGCAAGUAACUGCGCGCUGCCAAGAGAGGCUUUUGAAGCAACAGGAGGAGCGGCUUCGCAGGCAGCAGCAAGACGUCGCGGCGCAGCAACGCCUGCUGCAGCAGCAGCAGCAGCAGCUGGAGCAGCGGGAACGGAGGCAAAAGGCCCUUGCUCUUGAGCUCGAGAAGCUAAAGCGGCAGCAGAAGCAAAAGGAAGGCUCUUGGGCGCAAAGAGUGGAGACGCUGCAGCAAGAGCUGCGCCAGGCAGCAGCAGCAGCAGCAGCAGCACGACGAGCAGCAGCAGCAGCUGAGAGGGAAAACCUUCGCCUCAGAGACGCAAUCGGCGGCACCACAAGAAGGACUGCAGCAGCAGCUGCUGCUGCUGCUGCUGCUGCAGCAAAGAGCAGCAGCAGCAGUUGCCUCCCCGGUAAAGCUCGAAGCACCAGUGACAGCAGCAGCAGCAGCAGCUUGAAAUGCAGCAGCACCACCUGCAGCAGCAGCAGGCUCCAAUGCAGCAGCAGCAGCAGCAGGCUCCAAUGCAGCAGCAGCAGCAGGCUACACUACAGCAGCAGCAGGCUACACUGCAGCAGCAGCGGCAGCGUGGCUCCUCAGCAGCAAGCAAAGCAGUGCUGCUGCAGCAGCUACGCCCCACACUGCGCAGCAACAAGACCGGCAACAGCAGCAGCAGCAGCAGCAGCAGCAGCGCCACCAGCAGCAGCAGCAGCAGCGCCACCAGCAGCAAGACAAGCAGCUUCUUCCUAUUCGGUGCCGCUGGAGCAGCAGAAGGGCUUGUUGCUGUGGCACAGCCAGCAGCAGCAGCAGCAGCAGCAGCAGCUGCUGCAGCUCUUGGCGAGCAGCAGCAGCGGCAGUGCAAGUACUAGCAGCAGCAGCAGCAGCAGCAAACCUUCUUCGGGCUCAGCAGCAGCAGCCGCUGCUGCAGUUCCUGCUGCUGCUGCUGCUGCUGGAGCGCCUCUCACCUGCUGCCGCGCUGCGUCUUCCGCGCCCUUUCGGCUGCAGCAAGACGCAGCAGCAGCAGCAACUGCAGCAGCAGCAGCAGCAGCAGCAGCAGCAGCUGGCAUGUAG